AUUGGGUUUCAUUUCAUCGUUCCAAAGUCAAUUGUAGUCUCUCUCUCUCUCUCUCUCUCUCUCUCUAAGUCAUCAUCAGCGGUAUCCUAAUUGAUCGGAGAUCGGAGGAAUUCCGUUCAUUCAUUGUCCGGAUAAACAAUUACUUAACUCACUCACUCACAGAAGAGGAUACUUUGUGAAAGGAGACCAAAAGGCCAAAAGAACAUAAAAUGGCGAAAUCAGUGUCAUGGUCAUUAGCAAGUUCCGUCCACUCCCAACUAUCAGUUUCCCGCCACAAUCACCAUCAACUUGAGCUUGGAAUGCGAACCUCACCGCUCAAUUUUGUGAAGAGACAAUCACUGAAUUCCCCUUUAUCAUUUUCGUCAUCUUGUAUGGGUGCACCCACACCAAUUGAGGACACCAAUCGCCACCAUUCUACACGCACUGCCGCCGUUCGCCAUCUUGUUGGCUCUGUCACCAAAACUCAGGGCCUUCGUUUUGCAGUGGUGGUUGCCAGAUUCAACGAGAUCGUUACAAAGGCUCUGCUCGAGGGAGCUUUGAACACAUUCAAGAACUACUCAGUUCAAGAAGAAGAUAUUGAUGUUGUUUGGGUUCCUGGUAGUUUCGAAAUCGGGGUGGCUGCUACCAAAUUGGGAAAGUCAGGAAAGUAUAACGCAGUCAUAUGUAUCGGUGCUGUGAUAAGAGGAGAUACAACCCAUUACGAUGCUGUUGCUAACUCAGCCGCGUCUGGAGUACUUUCGGCUGGCCUAAAUUCUGGAAUUCCAUGCAUAUUCGGUGUUUUGACUUGCGACGACAUGGAUCAGGCAUUAAACAGAGCUGGUGGUAAAUCUGGAAACAAGGGCGCCGAGGCUGCUUUGACAGCUAUCGAGAUGGCUUCGUUGUUCGAGCACCAUCUCUCCUCGUAAUCUUCCCAAACUAUUGGAAAUUACUUAUCCGGAAAUGAUUGUUGUGUUUUUGAGAUUCAAAGACGAUUCGAGUAUAAUAAUGUAUCUUGGAAUAGGUUGUCAGACUGCAAUAUAACCUUUUUGUAACAAUGCUUAGAUUGGUGGUUAGACUUUUGUUAUAAUCAAUUUGGUUAGUUGGGACAUGAAAUUGCAUACUAUUUACUCGUUGGAACUAAUAAAGAUCAUCUUUUUAAUUGUUAA